UACCAGCAGUCCUGACUACAGGUGUAAUGAUUGAUCAAAUUAAUUGAUUAGUUAAUUUGUUUGAGACAAGUUUUUUAUCAAAUUGACCUAUACUAUAAUAUAAUUGUUUUAAAGUGAAAUAAAUCGAUUAUAAAAAUUUGGAAAAAUUAUCUCCACAUCUACACGAGGAUGAGUAACAGCACUGACAGCAUACAAUAAACUUGAAACUUCAUAGUCAGUUGUUAAUUAUUAACCACUAUGAUGCAUGACAGAAAUGAAGUAGCAGGGUCCAAAGUUAACAUUUAUCGAAGUGUUGGGACAGAUUCAAAUUCAAAAAUAAAUGUUGCUUCACUUUUGAUAUUAUGUCAUACCUGAGCUGGGCAUUUGAAACAAAAGUGGGACUUCAGUUUUUGCUGGACGUUGCGCCUCCUACUUAAUAUCUGGAUCUUCAUUUAGCAAUAGAAGAAAAGCAAUGCAGCAGCUAAACAAAAAAAAUAUGUCCUUGACGUGAGACAUGUAUGCUCACUUGGAAGAACAUUUUCUGGAUGAGAAGAGGGAAACUCAUUUUUUCAAAUGGAUUUUUCCUGACAUUUCUGUUGGAUAGGAUGCAUUUUUUUCCUCAAGAUAUAGUUUUACAAAAAAAGAAAGAUAGAGAACAAAUAUGAAAAAAUAAAUACAAGCAAUUUUUCUAAAACACACAACAUUGCAAAUGCAGCAAUAGUAGUCAUAUGAUGACUGGGACCUUGAAAAUACAAAGUUUCUGUUCAGUUUAUCCAAAAAGGGAAGUAGAGAAUUGUUUCUGAGGGAGUUUGAAUCAUUUCCUUGUCAGACAGACGAGAACGUGAGAAGUUGAACGCAUUUUGGGAGGAUGAACCCCUUCACCGUGGAAUCCCCCACAGAGGCUCCCGAGGAGUAUGGCACCGGGACGGCAGUGGCGUGCGUUAUUCUGGGCUUGUCCUUCCUAAUUGGAGUUCCAGGAAACCUGUUUGUGAUCUGGACCAUCCUGAGAUCCAUGAAAAGGCGCUCACACACCGUGAUGCUCAUCUUGCAUCUGGCUGUUGCAGACACCGUGGUCCUCAUCACCCUGCCUCUGUGGAUUUACUCCAUGGCGCACACCUGGGAGUUUGGAGAGGGAACGUGCAAGGCUUUGGUGUACUUCAUCAGCACCUGCAUGUACAGCAGCAUCUUCUUCAUCACUCUAAUGAGUGUGGAACGUUUUGUAGCAAUUUCUCAUCCGUUUGUGAUGCUGCGCUGGGGAAACAAAAGUUUCAUGAACAGAUUUCUUCUAUUUUUGUGGCUACUUGCCUUUUCUAUGGGAACGCCGGCCAUCCUGACCCAAAGUUUAAACGAAACAGACGGAGUUACCCAGUGCUUUUUUAGAGAAUUCAGCUCCGAUACCCAAGCGAUCAUCAUUGUGUGCCUGGAGACAGUGGCCGGAUUUGUGCUUCCUUUAAUUAUUCUUUCUAUCUGUAGCUGUCACGUCAGCAUGAAAAUCAAGAAACUGAGUUUUAAUUCAAAGCCGAAGUCGGUGGUUCUCGUUCACGCUGUGGUGAUUGCUUUCAUAUUGUGCUGGCUGCCUCACCAUAUUAUCAACAUCAUUGACGUGGUCUGCCUCCUGAUAUCAGACACUGAACACGAAUACGUCCCAGAAUAUCUUGUCUUUAGCUCUGGCGCUCUUGUUUUCAUCAGCAGCUCCGUCAAUCCCAUGCUGUAUGCUUUCUUUGCGAAGAAUUUCAGAGGAAGUCUGGAAGGCUCUCGCCUGGUCAGGCUGUUUCAGGAAAUGACUACUUACACAAAUAAACUCAGAGAUCUGGCAGUACAGCAGCAGUCUGAACAGGGACCAUCCACUCAGGAAGAAUUCAUAUCUGAUAGUACAUGUUAAAAAAUAUAUAUCUUCAACCAGUAAAACUGAAAUCAUGAAAUGGUAUGACAAUCUCAGCACAUUUUCUUUUUUCAAUAAUAAUCUAUAAUUUUUUAAUAUUGUUAAACUGUUUAUCUUUUUACUCACGUGUUUAAUUAUUAUUUUACUUUAAAUAAUGGUAAUAAAAACAUAUUUCUUUGAAAACAAGAUACAAAAAUCCCAUCCUUUUUCAGAAGAUGACUUUUACAUAUGUAUUUUUUUACUAUUAUUCUGGUUUUUAUUUUGAAAGAGGUUAUUAACUUAAAUUCACUGGUUAUCACACACACUCUUGUUGAAACCAGAAAUGCGUUUUUCAUAAAAUUUAUAAUAAAAUUAAUUAUUAAUACUUACACAAGUGGCGCAGUGGUUAGCACUCUUGCCUCAAAGCAAGAAGACCCCAGUUCAAGAUCCAGCUGGGGAACCUGAGGUUCCUGGGUUAGCCUCCGGCACCCCUGCGACCCCGAAAGGGACAAGUGGCUAAGAAGACGAAUGAAUACUUAUAUUAUUUUUCUUCAACUGAAAAAGUAAAUAAUGUGAUCAAACUCAUUGUCAAAUUGUUACACAACAGAUCAUUUUAGCAAAUUUACAAUUUUUCUUGUUUUCAGUGAAACUCUUUAAUGAUCUUCU